AUGAAGUUGAACGAGAAUGGAGACGGUGGACAACCUUGUCGGACAACUUUUUAUGGCAAAGCUUUUGGAGAGCUGACCAUACACUCUCACCCCAGAAUCGCCAUACAUGUUCCAACCCCCAACCUGGAGGACCAGGAGACUGUGUUCGUCAGACCUCUAACCAUUGACCAACCUGGUAUGAGAGACUCUGUGAGUGUCGCGCGGACACCCCCCAGUAUAGCUCAAUGGGUCGCCGAGGUACACAAACCACCACACCACGAUAAGGUCCAGUCUCUUCGUGACGGAGGCUCGGAUCCAAGGCUGCUCGAAAGUGUCCGACUUGCUGUAACACCCGUUCGGUGCCUAGCUGCCAUGCCACCAGAAGGAAGCACGAGGGUUGGGAUAAUCCCAGGUUGCCCAAACCUAGAUAGGAUAAACCUCAAAAGCGUCAUAAAUCAACGAGACAAAUUGCAAUCACCGAGAGUUGUGGGUCUGCUGCAUGUGAGUGCCAUCACGGAGCCGUGGUCAACUGGAGGGAUACAGGAGGCCGAAGUUGCAAAUCAAGGUUUGCCCUUGUCGUUCGGCGGCUUCCUUUCACCUGAAAGGUACAAGCAUUGUGGACUAGAGGCGCUGAUAGACCACAUCAAGCAGAAAAGAAUCAGUCCCACGAAUUGGGACUUGAAUCCACGGUGCAUUGCAAAAAACAACGCAAAAGUGUCGGACAGAACAAUCGGGGUAGACAGGACCGCAUUCAGAGAGAAAACCUACCUGCCCUCACUUGCUUUGAGUCAAAUCGUGAAAUGGAGGGUCGCGCGCUCCUAUUUUGCAUCCAGUCUCGACCAUGACAUUGACGAAUACAAACCGCAGCCAUCGAUAGACCACAACAGGUGUGGGCGAAAUGGCUGUCCGUCGAACGUAAAACGCAGUGUCACAUUUGCAAGACCUGGUGGCACUGAAAAUGCGUGGUAA